AUGGUGUUCCUCGUUCCUUCACUCCUAGUCGUCUUGGCCACUCUAGGCAAUGCUUCGCCCGUAGCCCAGCCAGCCGUUACCCCAGCCCCAAAACCGGGCGUUGUCAAGCGUGCGACUAGCUGCACCUUUUCGGGUGCUAAUGGUGCCGCAUCUGCUAGUGCAAGCCAGACAGCGUGCUCUACCAUCGUGCUUUCCAAUGUCGCUGUGCCGUCUGGUGUGACACUGGAUCUGUCGAAACUUCCCGACGACACUUCGGUCAUCUUCGAAGGCGAGACCACCUGGGGCUACAAAGAAUGGGCCGGCCCUCUCCUUCAAAUUGAAGGCACUGGUAUCAAGGUCUCCGGAGCAUCAGGCGCCUACCUAAACCCCGAUGGAGCGCGCUGGUGGGACGGCGGAGGAGGUAGUAGUGGAAAGACGAAGCCGAAGUUUUUCGCCGCGCAUAACCUGAUCAGCUCGUCCAUUACCAAUCUGCACAUCGAGAACACACCGGUCCAAGCGGUCAGCAUCAACGGUGCGAACGAUCUGACUAUUACUAGCAUGACGAUUGAUAAUUCCGCUGGUGAUAGCGAAGGCAAGAACACGGAUGGGUUUGACAUCGGAAGCAGCACGAAUGUUGUUAUUGAUGGCGCCAAUGUGUACAACCAAGAUGAUUGCGUGGCUAUCAACUCGGGAACCAAAAUUACAUUCCAGAACGGCGUUUGCUCGGGUGGACACGGGCUGUCGAUUGGAUCCGUAGGUGGUCGUGACAACAACGUUGUCGACACGGUGACAUUCUACAACAGCGAGGUCAAGAACUCGGUCAAUGGCAUCCGCAUCAAAGCCAUCGAGAACGACACAGGCACCAUCAAAGGCGUGACAUAUAACAAGAUCACCCUGGCUUCUAUCUCGAAAUACGGCAUCCUGAUCGAGCAAAACUACGACGGAGGCGACCUCGACGGUGGGACCGCAUCUUCCGGCGUCCCAAUCACCGGUCUGACCAUCGAAAACAUCACAGGCAGCGGUGCAGUGUCAAGCUCAGGGAGGUAA